ACCCUCACCGUCGUCUCUUUGGGUACCCACCUCUUGCUUCACAUUCUACAAGUCAUUCCUUUCUUUGUAGUCAUUCUUUUCUAGCCGACCUGCUUGAAGCAGGUUCUCACUUAUUCAUUCCUUACGUUCCAACGUCAUUCAACUGUCAAUCUGUGAUUGAUCCUUACAUUCCUUUUUGUGCAAGAUGUUUCGAUCCGCCCUGUUUCUCCUCCUCGCUCCCUUGGCGCUCAGCCACACAACCUUCACCACGCUCUACGUGGACGAAGUUAACCAGGGCGAUGGCACCUGCGUCCGUAUGAACCACGAUGCCAACACCGCCACAUACCCCAUCGAGCCCUUGUCCAGCAAGGAUAUCGCCUGCGGCAAAGAUGGCGAAAAAGGCGUCGCCCGUGUGUGCCCCGCGAAAGCCAACUCCCUCCUGACCUUCGAAUUCCGCGCAUGGGCCGACGGCGCCCAGCCGGGCUCCAUCGAUAUCAGCCACAAGGGCCCCUGCGCCGUGUACAUGAAGAAGGUCGACGACGCGACGGCGGAUAACAACGCUGCGGGCGACGGAUGGUUCAAGAUCUGGCACACGGGCUACGACGAGAGCACCGAGAAGUGGUGCACGGAGAAACUGAUCGACAACAACGGGUUCCUGUCUGUGCGGGUGCCCUCGGAUAUCGAACAAGGCUAUUACCUGGUCAGGACGGAGUUGUUGGCACUGCACAACGCUGCCUUUGCGGACCCGCUUGACCCACAGUUCUAUGUCAACUGCGCCCAGAUCUUUGUGCAGGGUGGUGGCAGUGCGAAGCCCGAGACUGUUAGUAUUGGUGAGGGCUAUUACUCGCUGGAUAGCCCCGGCGUGAAGUACAAUAUCUAUGAGAAGCCCCUGAAGCUGCCCUAUCCUAUCCCCGGCCCGGCUGUCUAUGAGAGUAAGGGUGUUGCGGAGCGUUCGGUCAGUCCGGCGGAGAAGAGGGCUGUUGCUGCUCAGAACAAGGGUCUCAAGCCUGCCGGUUGCAUCUUGCAGCGCGAUAACUGGUGUGGGUUUGAGGUUCCUGACUAUAGUGAUGAGAACGGCUGCUGGGCUUCUUCCCAAAAGUGCUGGGACCAGAGUGAUGUGUGCUACAACACCGCUCUUCCCACGGGUAUCCACGCUUGCGACAUCUGGAUGACCAAGUGCAAUGGCAUCGACGAUGCCUGCAGAAGCGGCGAUUUCAACGGACCCCCGAACAAGGGCCAGGUUCUUACGCCGGAGCCCAAGAAGCUUGGGGGAUCGACCAACAUCUUCAAGAGGGAGGUCAGGAAGUACAAGAAGUGGAUUGCAUGAGCGAAGCAUGGGCCAUGGAGUAACGGGCGUAGUGAUUGAUGAGACUUGACGAAUCGCUGCACGACAGCACAAGAUAGAGCAUUUGUUAGCUGGACUACGGAAUCGUAUUGAUUGAAUA